UUAUAAGACUUGUCUCUUCUAAGUGAACAAUUGCAAUCUACGACCAGUUUGUCCGCUAACACAUAUUUGCAAUAUCCUUCUUCUAGUUGCGACUUUCGUUCUCCCCUGACAUAGAGUUUUGUAACGUGUUACCUCCUGCUAAUUAGGAGCUUUACAAAAUGGUUAACGCUAAGGCACAACAACAGUUAUACACUCACGCAGCAGAACCAAAGGCGGUUCAGCAACGACGAGCUAAGUAUCGCGAGGAUGACAACCCACCGCUGCCCACCGCCAAUAUUAUGUUCGACCGUCGUGUAGUAAGAGGUAACACAUAUGCAGCACGCAUUUUGCCAGCGGAUGUUACCCAGGCGACGGCCAAACCAGCUGCAGCGACGACGAAGAAGAAGACUACGCGCACCGUGCCCCCUCGAACUCCUGAGGCUGUAGAAGGCCGCAGGCACAUCGACAUUCAGACAGAUGUCUACCUGGAGGAGCUCACGGACACAGUGCCGGAAGCCGACACGGCCACACAGACAGACGCAUUCCUAGACCGGCCUCCCACGCCGCUGUUCGUGCCCCAGAAGACUGGCACGGAUGCCAUCACUCAGAUUGAGAACGGCGACCUAUUCGACUUUGACUUCGAGGUUGAGCCCAUCCUGGAGGUGCUGGUGGGCAAGGUGCUGGAGCAGGGCCUUAUGGAGGUGCUGGAGGAGGAGGAGCUCGCGGCCAUGCGGGCGCACCAGGAGCGCUUCGAGCAGAUCCGCAACGCCGAGCUGGUCGCCACGCAGCGCAUGGAGGCCGCGGAGCGCCGCAAGCUGGAGGAGAAGGAGCGCCGCAUGCAGCAGGAACGCGAGCGCGUGGAGCGCGAGCGCGUCGUACGGCAAAAGGUCGCAGCCAGCGCUUUUGCGCGCGGCUACCUCUCAGGAAUUGUCAACACGGUGUUUGACCGGCUGGUGUCCUCGGGCUACAUCUACGAUCCGGUCAUGCGGGAGGUGGAGACGGGCUUCAUGCCGUGGCUCAAGGAGCAGGCCAUUGGCUACCUCUCUCGCGGUGUGGUGGCCCGGCAGGUGGUCAACAAGCUCGUGGAGGACGCCGCCGCAGCCCUGUCGGCCAACCGCGACGUGGUGGCGGCGCAGGCGGCCUCCACGGCGGCGGCGGUGGACGCCUGGGCGGAGCGCCAGGCGGCCCUGGAGGCUCAGCUCAGCGGCGCGGAGCUGGAGGCGGUGCGGGGGCGGCCCACGUUUGUGCUGCGGGAGCUCAAGCCGGCGGUGGCGAGCCAGGAGGCCAUCGAGGCGGCGACGGCGGAGCUGCAGGCGCAGGCGGAGGAGGCGGCGGCGGCCAAGUACGAGGCGGACCGGAUGGAGGCGGCGGACAAGGCGCGUGCGGAGGCGGAGACGAAGCUGGAGGAUCAGCGCGCAAAGUUGGAGGAGUUGGCAGCGCAGGCGGCGGAGGAGGCGGCGGAGCGCGGGGAGGACCCGCCGGAGGAGCCGCCGGUGCUGGACGAGCCGCUAGUGGAUGUGGAGGCGGUGGUGACAGCGGCGAUGGAUGCGGUGGCGAAGCCGCCUGUACGGGAGGUGGCGGAUAUCGACAUCCUGUCGUACAUGUUGGACAAGGGCACGAUCACGAAGGACUCGAUCAUCCAGGCGCUGGCGGUGCAUGCGCUUGGGGACAAGGCGUUUACAAACCACCCGGCGUUUGCGGAGCAGGCGUAAGGGGUAGGGGUGGGGGCGGCAGUGGCGGAGGGAUACGGUGGGGGGGUUUCAUCAUGGCGAGAUGCAGGGCUGUGUCGCCGCGCCAGGGAUGGGGUUAUGAGGUAUCCGCAAGCCGUAAACGGAGGAAGACUGUGUGUAAAAGGACGACGCCUUAAGUUGUGACAGGGGCAGGGAAGCAGGGCGGUGAGUUGAGUCCUGAUGAUGCUUACACUGGUGACCUUUGGGACGCUGAGAAGCGGGUUCGGGUGUUGUGUUGUGGGUGUAGAGGGUCACCGGCAGCUGCGGGGCGCCUGCAGGUGAGGGGACGAGUGGUAAAGAGCAGGGCGCUUAGCCCCAGUAGCAGCAUGCGGGUGGAUGCGCGUUGUGUCGAGAAAAGUUGGGGAGCACAUUGCAGGCGGGCUUGAUGGAGGCGGCAUAGUGAUGUAAGAGGAUGAAUGGGUAUGGUGGGCAUAGUGUAUACGGUACGUCGGUGACAGUUUGCAACUUUGACUGGACGCCUAUGUACGUGUGACGAAAGGUACUGGUACUGACAGUCCAAAACCUAAUACACCCGUGGCUGUACUGAUUAUGCUCCUCUUAUUAAUGUAGCGCUGAACUAUAGUUCAAGGAGUGCAUGCAUGACCUGUGGUGCUGUGGACGCUAUCGCCAUGAAUCUGGUGUUUUUAGGUGAGUGUUUCACACUCGAGCAUGUAUCCCUUUGCUCUUAUACAUAGCAAUAAGAUUCGUGGCCCAUCCUUUUAGGCUGGUUUAAUGACCUAGUACUGGAGCGACGUCACGUCUGAAAGAGUAUAAUGUACUACCAUAACGUGAAAGUGGACAUUUGGAGGCGUGUCAUCCGAAGCACCGUGGCAUGCAGGUGGCUGUGUAAGUGUUACCUGCAUCCAUU